UGUAAAAUUUUAAGAAAAUUUUAUACACAACUCUAUUCGUAGAAUGUUAUGUCAUCUAUAAUAUAUUAUUAAUUGUUUGAUAAAAAUAUUUUUUAUCGAAAGAUUAAACAAAAAUUAUUUUAAAUUAUAAAAUUAAAUAAAUAACAUAAAACAUUAAAUAUGUCGAUGGAAACAGUUCCGAAAGAGUUACGUGGAUUAAGAGCUUGUUUAGUAUGUUCUUUGGUUAAGACAUUUGAUCAAUUUGAAUUUGAUGGUUGCGAUAAUUGUGAUGAAUUUUUACGUAUGAAAAAUAACAAAGAUAAUGUUUUUGAUUGUACCAGUUCUAAUUUUGAUGGAAUGAUUGCAGCAAUGAGUCCUGAGGAUAGUUGGGUAUGCAAAUGGCAAAGAAUAAAUCGAUUCUGUAAAGGUGUAUAUGCAAUAUCGGUAUCAGGUCGAUUGCCAGCAGGUGUUAUAAGAGAGAUGAAAAGCAGAGGAAUAGUGUAUAGACCGCGCGAUACAAGUCAACGAUAAUUUCGAAAAUUAUUAAUAUCAAAUAUGAUUACCUGGACAUGUGUUCAAAUGAGAAUAGACGGGAUGCCGCAUCACGGGCAAAUUACUAUUUACACAAUUAAGCCAUAGAUUUGCACAAGUAACGUGAUAAUUAUUCUCGUUAUAUACUACUCUGCCGCUGGUAAUAACCGUUAAACAAAGUGAGCAACAAAUGGCUUCUCCUUGAUGUAAAGGCCAAGCGGGCAAUUCCGUAACGAUCUGAAAUUUAUU